CUUUCAGUGCUACAAAAUGUCGGCCUCAAUACUUCACCAGGCUCCUCAAGGCUUCUAUGGAGCAGUGGAAAUAAUCAAUAAACUGCCACAAGAUGUACUGGCAGAAAUGUGCCAUGAAGUCAUGCAGUUCUUACAGUAUAAAAUUGGCAGUAUUAAUGUAAAAGCACUACACAAUAAGUCAUUGGUUGAAAAUGAAGCACUCACUGAAAAAGCCAUACAAAGUUCCGUGAAUGCACUUACCUAUGUAUUUAGAACUGCUGCCAGACUGAAGUACAGUACAGCAGAGUUAACAUCACAGCUACAAAGCAGCUCGGCCUUCAGUGAGAGUGCACAGGCAACAUUAAAGCAUAUAUGGAACCAGCAGGGUAAACUGCUGUUUGCUGUGGACCAAGCUAACCAGCUAAUUAAUGUUGGACAGUUAAUAGAUUUCCAGUGGAAGCUAGGAGUUGCCAUGAGUUCAGAUGGCUGUAGGAACUUGAACACGCCAUUUGUAACUGUCUUACUUAAAGUAGCUGACCCAUCUGGUCAUGUGACUACACGCUCAUUUGAAAUGACCGUUAUACAAUUUCAGAAUUUUUCUAAACAAAUCAAAGAAAUGGCUGCAGUUCUCGAAAGUGUUUGAAAAUGAUCACAUGCACUAUGACAUUUCUGGACUACUCUCAAUAAAAACAUGGAUGUAGAUUCUGCAAGUCGGCAUAAUAGGAAGGCCUUGUUUAUGCAGGACAGGAAGACAUGCCAUCAGGAUGAAGUUUUUAGCGUGGUCUCAUUUCUUAAAUCUUUUUAAUGUAGACCCGUUGGGGACUGAACAGUGAAAGAAAGUUAACUUCUUGCAGAGGCCAGGGUUUGAACCUGGACUUCCUGUAGUGGUCAUUGUUAAUUCAUUUCAAAUUGUUCUGAAGCAGAAGUGGGGCAAAUGGGUUUUGAGAUAAAUGUUGUUGACACAGAGGUAAUUUUUUAAAAAUCAGACAUUCAGGAUACAUUAUUGAAUCGAGUCUUUGUCAACAAACACAUAGUUAUUCGUAUUUUCUUAUAGCAUGCUCAGUUAUUUUAGAUAUUUACUUCAGUGUGAAUGUGGCAAUUGAACCAAUUAUGAAAGAGCAUGCAGUCUAAAUGACACCUAUAAAAUCAAGCAGUCUCUUGCUGUUUAUCAUUUCCAUGAUUUUUCUUUAAUAAUAUAUGCACAAAUCCUGUAUAAUUGAUUAUGCAGAGGUAAUAAAGUGAAACAAACAUU